CUAGUUCUUGCUGGCUAAUAAAACAGUCACCAUAAAUCAAAUGAUACCUCGCAUGUCACGUCGUUCAGACUGUAGGCUGUAGGGCAUAGAGAAAAGUAAUACACUGGAAACUGUAGGGAGUGCCAAAGAAACGGACAUACAUACAUACUUAUAUACACUCAAAAAACAUUACUCUCCGCAGUCGAGUAAACAUAAUAUUACGCCAUCUUGGAUCUUAAAAUUAUUGUCGCAAUCGUAAUCAGCACUAUGAACUUUAUGAAGGUUAGAGAGAGGGAGAACGAUCGCUACGUACUAAAGCAUUAGCCCGCCUGACCCUGAAAAUUUGUAGAAUUUAUAGUUCAUUUUUCAGCCACCAGUCGCGCUGCCGUCGGUAAGUAGUAUCUGUGGAGUUAUCUGUAUAUGAGUACAAGUAGAUAAAGUUAGUUGAAUAUUGUACAAAUUUUCUUCGCGGCAUUGGCCAUUUCAAAUUAGCCCGCUUUUAUUGAGACAACUUAGCGAUCGCAGCGACUCACUUAUUUUUUCCAUAUUUCUAGGACACUAUUUUCUACAGCGAUCGUUUUCCUUAUCUCUAACCUCCAUGAUCAGCACUCUCGAAAACUAUGAAUACAAUACACAUUUUAUUUUAGGUCUAAUUAAAAAAGGCAAUAGGCUAAUUGACUCUUUUUGGAAAACGGUUUUAAAUGGUUAAUAAAUGUUCUAUUAGAUCGAAAAAAAAUGUAUUGUAUUUUUUUGAGACCUAGAAAGCUACAAAUCUUUAAUUUUAAAAUAGACUUUUCAUGGACAUACAAAAACGCUGUCGGCUAUUUUAGUCUAUAGAUAUCUAUGUUAGUUAUGACGCCGACGGUAGUAAACAAAAACUCCUAAGCACGUAGAAAAUAACCUAUCAAAGUUUAUAAUAAAAAAAACAUGAUUUCUAAUAAAUACCACGAAAAAUAUAGCAAUUAUCAUUAUUGUAUUGUACGAGAAUGUAAAAACACAUCUUUGAAGACUCCAGGAAAUUUGUGGAUUAAAGUGCCGAAUAAAUUAACCUACGCAAUACCUGGUUACAACUGCAACUUUAUCGACUCAUAGUAAAAUUUAUUUUUGCGAAGAUCACUUUGAUAUUGAACUACUUCAUGAGCAACAAGGAAUUAUCAGUAUACACAUUCAAAGCAACAAAUCUGUUGUGUCACAUCUUGUGUACAGUAUUAGUGAGGCUUGUUUAUAACAUUCUGAUAAAUGUUAAAAAAAUUAAGCAGUACAAAAUUGACAUAGGUUAUUUUGCUGCUCUCUUAUUUGCUGUACAUCCAAUACAUGUUGAAGCCAUCAGUGGUAUAGUUGGAAGAGCAGAUCUGUUGAGUGGUGCUACAUUCUUUUUGGCUUUUAUUUUUUAUCAUAAAGCCAUAAACAGCCAAUACCAUCAUAAUCUUUUCCUAUUUGUGACUAUAAUUUUAUCAGCUAUCUCUAUGUUAUGUAAGGAAAAUGGAAUCACAGUAUUGGGCUUUUGUAUAUUUUAUGAUAUGAUUCUAAAAAUAAGUAUUAAGAGAAAGUGUCAAAAAUUUUGUAAUCUUUACAAUAGAUCUUGUAUCAAGAGGAUCACUGUAACAAUAUUGGCUAUUAUUCUAACCUUAUAUGGGAGGUGGACAGUAAUGGGUGCCACAAAACCCGAAUUUAAGGCUAUAGACAAUCCUGCCGCUUUUGCAGAAACCUUCACUAAGAUUGUUACACACAGCUAUGUUUACUUUCUAAAUACACUGCUGUUUAUCUGGCCUCAGUGGUUAUGUUAUGACUGGUCAAUGGGAUGUGUACCACUAAUCAAAAGUGUCUUAGAUCAUAGAAUAAUAUAUCCUAUUUCCAUGUAUUUAUAUGGAAUAUUUAUCAUCAAAGCAAUUAUUUGUAAACAAAACAAAACUUCAACAAGACGGAUACUUUCACUGAGUGUGGCAUUAAUGGUGAUACCAUUUUUACCAGCAGCUAAUAUAUUUUAUCCAGUUGGUUUUGUGAUAGCUGAAAGAGUCCUGUAUAUUCCAUCUGCUGGCUACUGCUUGAUAAUAGUUCUUGGCUUAAACAAAAUAAUAGCUAAGAAGAAUAAACGUAAACUGGGACUAAUGUUAUAUGUUUUUUUAAUAUCAAUUUAUGGCUGGAGAAGUUGGCAAAGGUCGCAUGACUGGCAAAAUGAAUAUCGUUUGUUUGCUAGCGGUAUGUCAGUGUGUCCAUUAAAUGCUAAAGUCCACUACAAUGUAGCAAAAGUAAGUGAUGCUCUAAAUAAAACUGAUGCUGCACUUACUUCAUACAACGAAGCUAUUAGGUUGUAUCCUGAGUAUUAUCAAGCAAUGAACAAUCUGGCCAAUCUGCUCAAGUACCAGAGGAAAUUCCAAGAAGCGGAAUAUUAUUUAAGAAAUUCAUUGAAGUACAAAAAAGAUUUCCCAGCAGCAUGGAUGAAUUUGGGUAUUGUGCUUGCAAGCACCAAUCGCUUAAACGAAUCGGAACAAGCUUACAUGACAGCACUACAAUACCGAAAGAGCUAUCCAGACUGCUAUUACAAUUUGGGAAAUCUGUAUUUAGAAAUGAACAGGGAGAGUGAUGCAUUAGAAAACUUUUUAAAAGCGAUUAAUUUAGAUCAAAGGCAUGUCUUAGCAUGGACGAACACAAUCGCAUUGUUAGACAAUACAGAACAACUUGAUCGAGCUUUAGAAUUAAUACCGACGGCUUUAACCGAGCUAGCCGACUCGCCAUCGAUCAACUUCGCCGUAGCAAACAUUUAUGGGAAAGUGGACCGGUUCGAAGAAGCUGAAAGAUAUUUCUUGAAAGCUAUUAAACUUUUCAACUCCAAAGUGCAAGCCAUACAUUACUCUAAUUUAGGCGUACUUUAUCAUCGGUGGAAAAAAUACAAUUUGGCUGAAGUGAUGUAUAAGAAUGCAUUGAAAAUAGAUCCUAAAUUUAAAAGUGCAAUCAAUAAUCUCAGAACUGUACAAAAGUAUAAAAACAGAUAAGUAGUGCGAAUGAAUGGCGUUAACAAAAAUAUUAUUUAUUUUGCAGGAAUUUCAUAGAAGUCGUCUAAGUAUUUUACUCCUAAAAGUUAUAUACUGUCAAAUCGUACGAGGUACUAUUGAACAAAUUGAUUCACGACCCACUUGCACGAUAAUUCACUUAAAAAUGUCAAAUCAAGUUUUCUUUUGAAAAGAAUGCGUAAUUGCACUUAGGAUCUUCUAAUAACUAGUAAAUUAUACAUAAAUGGAUCAAAGUUUUUUGAAAUUUGACCUUUGUUUUCAAUGCAAUAGAUCAUGUUAUCCAGGGUUACUUAUAAAACACCAGAAACCUGGCAGGACUAAAUAGCUAACAUCAUACACAACAAAGGUUGCUCAGUACUUUGAUCAAUAAAAAAAAUCUAAAUUUUUGAUAAACUGUCGUGACAUUCAUACGUCUAAAUCUAUAAAUCUAAUCUAAAUGUCACGCAUUUACCUAUAUGUCUAUGCUUAUUUCAGACAAUCAAAAGAACAACGUUCGCGCGCUAUCCAAUAAUAUUUUUAAUAUUAUUUCUUUACCAGAUACUUACUUACAUACAGUGGUGGUCAUUUAAUUAGAAACACUUAUUAUGAAUAAAGAAAGUAUAACUUCAUCGUUCAAAUGUUCGUAAUAAAUAUAUAUCAAGUAAAAAACUCAUUAAAUGCAUAAAAUAUAAAACAUAUCUUUAAUUACAAAAUGAGUCUUACACAUGUAGCGGUAACAUUAAAGUUUGGGGGUGUUUUACCGGAUGUAGAGUAUGACCCGUUCGGAAGAUUGAAGGUGCAGUGGAUCAAUGGCAAUACAAAAAUAUCUUAGAGAACACACACAAUGAUUCCCUUACUCGAACAAUAAUUUGCUUGUAACCUGGAUCUUUCAGCAUGACAAUGACCCUAAACACACGGUCAAUAGCGUCAAAUGUUUCAAAACGAACUACAUGAAGAAUUGAAUUAAACUAUAUGAAGCACUUGUUGAAGCAUGAAAUUCAAUCCCUCUAGAAUCAAUGCCACUUCGUUGCAGUGCUGUUAUUGGAAAUAAAGGAAACGCCACUUAAUAUUAAUUAUAACUAUUGAUAGACUUGUGGAUAGUAGCUAUUUCGUAAAUAUCAAUACUAAUUACUAAUACUUAUAAAAA